AUGGACGCCAUAAGCCGAGCCUUACGAAAGGCUGCUCGGUCACCAUUCUCAGAUGAAAUUGAACGGGCCCCUAUGCUGAGUAGAUUUAUAGGACCGCCAUUCAAUUCCUACGACGGGAAGACGGACCCUGUGGAGCAUGUAUUCCCCUCCAGUCUCGGCUCCACGGCCCUGAGAUGGUUCAAUGGGUUACGAAAAGGCUCCAUUCGUAGCUUUGCCGAGCUGAUUCAAGAGUUCGGCAAUAGAUUCAUGACAUGCAGCCGAGUGCCGCAGCCAGUGGAUGCGCUACUUUCCAUAAAGAUGAGGGUCGGUGAAACCCUUCGGAGUUACGCCAGCCGGUACUGGGAACUCUACAACGAGAUCAGUGGAGGAAAUAAGAAGAUAGCGGCAAGCACCUUUAGGAUGGGGCUCCCCGAAGAUUCUGAAUUACGGGAGUCAUUGACGAAAAGACCUCCUGAGGAUAUGAGGCAACUUAUGAGGCGCAUUGAGGAGUAUAAACGCCUGGAAGAUGAUCGGCUACAAAAUAAGGGGAAAGCCCCAUUACUCGGGAGAUCUCGGUAG